AUGGAAGUGAAUGGGACCAUGAGACGGCUUGGUGUUCAUACUGUUACGGAGAUAACGAAGGUACUUCAUUUUUUGACGAACAAGACCACCGGAAAGGCAGAUCUCUUCGGUGCGCACGACGGUGACCCCCUGGCCAUUCACCUGCCAAGCUUCCGCCUAUGUCGUCGUAGUAGCCGGAUGGGCCACCGGACUGAAACUCGGCAGCGACUCCGUCGGAAUCGAAUACAACACUCACCGCAACAUAAGAAUCACACUUUUUGCCCUAAGAACCAUUCAGGUGAUUGGGCAGUUCAAUCUUGGAUUUAUCAUUGGCAAUUAAAACAUAACUUUGGUGUUGCAGAUGUUAAGGAACUCAUAUCUAUCCUGGCGGAUAGUCAAGGAGAAUGCUCAAUGAUGGGCGCAUAUAAGAUGGACACCUAUGACUCCGUUUGCCCCCCAAGAGUACGUGCAAUGCUAGCAUCGCGUGCCUAUAGAUCUUCUGUUAUGAUUGGAGAUCCGCUUGGAAGAAACGAGAUGAAAAAGACUUUCACAUGA